CAUUUGCCAUUAAAAUCCAAUUUCCUUUUUGAGUGACCAUUUCCCUUCCAUUCUAGGCCACAUCACACACUUCCAUUGCUGUAAAUUCUACACCCCCAGAGAGAGAAUGGGAAGGAAAAAUGGGGUGGUGUUCGAUGAGGGAGCUCCGGACGACUUCGACCCGGAGAACCCGUAUAAGGACCCGGUUGCGAUGCUGGAGAUGAGGGAGCAUCUGGUGCGGGAGAAGUGGGUCGACAUCGAGAAGGCCAAGAUCCUCCGCGAGAAGGUGCGCUGGUGCUACCGGAUCGAGGGCGUCAACCACCUCCAGAAGUGCCGCCACCUCGUCCACCAGUACCUCGACGCCACCCGUGGCGUCGGCUGGGGCAAGGACCAACGCCCCCCUGCCCUCCAUGGUCCUAAGGUUGAGUCGUGAUGAAAUUGGCUCCUCCCUUCAGGGUCAAGGACCUCUUGCAAAAAUGUUACUUGUUAGUAUAUUCUAACACCCGUAGACGUCAAAACUAAAAAGGUUUAUCCAUGUAAAUAGACCAUUGUAUUUUUUCAAAGUAUUGAAAUCAAGGCCAAUAAUAGGUUAGUAAGGUU